GACAUCUUCGGCGUUACGGUAUUAGGUAUUUUUAGGCUGCUGUUUCCGUCGCAGUUGUCGCAAGGCAGGUCCCGAAUCACUGCUUCACCACUCCAAACUCAUCUCAGCGAGGCGCUAAAAUAUCGAAUUCGAGCAUUCCAUUGCGAACUCCAGUCUCUCCGCCCUUCACCCGACAACCCGUUGACCCCUUAACCUCCCCGCGUACCCGUUUACCGCUAACCUCGCCGCGAUGGACGCGACGGAGGACGAGAUUGCGCGCAUGCAAGAGGAGCGGCGCGCGAAGGAGGCGGAGCUGGCGGCGCUGGCAUCGGUGAGCUUCGACAAGGACCUGUACGGCGGGGGCGACAAGGACCGCUUCGAGGGCUACGAGAUGUCCAUCCCGGUCAUGGAGGACGAGGACGAGCAGGACGCCACGGAGCGCGAGGUCGCCAGGAAGCUGGCUUCAUACACGGCGCCCAAGGAGCUCUUGCACGAGCUGCCCAGGGGCGAGGCGGAGGAAGAGGCGGCGGGGUUCAAGAAGCCGUCGCGCAUCAUCGACAGGGAGGACGAUUACCGCCGGCGCCGGCUCAACCGGAUCAUAUCGCCGGACCGACACGAUGCCUUUGCUAUGGGCGACGCCACGCCCGAUGCGGCAGUGCGCACGUACGCGGACGUGAUAAAGGAGGAGGCGCUGAAGCGCGAGAAGGAGGAGACGCUACGGCAGAUCGCCAAGAAGAAGGCGGAGGAGGCCGAGAGGCAGGCGGCAGAGCUCUCAUCCGCGCCCACCAAGGCGCAGGGCGUGCCUGCUGCCACUGCUGCUGCUCCCCCUGCUGCUGCUGCAGUGGCAGCUGCUGCGCCUGCCGGUGGCAAGAGGAGGAAUCGGUGGGAUGUUGCAGGAGGGGGAGGGGCCGGUGCUGUUGAGGCGGAGGCCAAGAAGGCCAAGGCGGCGGAUUGGGAUGCUCCUGAUGCCACUCCUGGUGCUGCCAGUGCAGUUGACGCCACCCCCACGCCCGGCCCCCGCCGCAACCGCUGGGACGAAACCCCCUCACACGGGGGAGUCCUGCCGGACGAUGCCACCCCAUCCGCGCUUCCGGGUGGCGGCGACGCCACCCCGGGUCUGGGUGGCGGAGCCACGCCAGCCGGCAUGACUUGGGACGCCACGCCAAAGCUGUCUGCCGGCGCCACUCCCACCCCGAAAAAAACGCGGUCCAGAUGGGACGAAACACCGGCCGGGGGAGGUGUUACGCCGGCGGGGGCAGGGGGAGGUGCCACCCCGUCUGCUGCUGUGGGCAUGACGCCCUCUGGGAUGACCCCAGGGGGGGUGACACCUGGGGGCGCCACACCUGGGGGGUUUGGAGUGACACCAGUAGGAGCAAUGGACAUGGCUACUCCAACCCCAGGGCAGAUUGCACUAAGGGGCCCGCUCACCCCGGAGCAAUUCACCAUGCUGCGGUGGGAGCGGGAGAUAGAGGAGCGGAACAAGCCGCUGUCGGACGAGGAGCUGGACGCCAUGUUCCCCCUGGACGGCUACAAGGUGCUCGAACCCCCUGCAGCAUACGUCCCCAUCCGCACCCCCGCUAGGAAGCUCCUGGCGACGCCCACCCCUAUGGGGGGCGCCGGAGGGGGUGCGACGCCACUGUAUGCUAUCCCAGAGGAGGAUCGGCAGCAGCUGUUCGACGUGGGCAAGGAGGUGCCAGGGCUGCCGAACCUGAAGCCCGAGGACUACCAGUACUUCGGCGCGCUGCUGAACGAGGAGGAGGAGGAGAAGAUGAGCGCGCAGGAGAAGACCGAGCGCAAGAUCAUGAAGCUGCUGCUCAAGGUGAAGAAUGGCACGCCCCCCCAGCGCAAGACGGCCCUGCGGCAGCUGACGGACAAGGCGAGGGAGUUUGGCGCGUCGGCUCUUUUCAACCAGAUCCUGCCGCUGCUCAUGUCGCCCACGCUGGAGGACCAGGAGCGCCACCUGCUCGUCAAGGUGAUCGACCGCAUCCUGUACAAGCUGGACGAGCUGGUGCGCCCCUUCGUGCACAAGAUCCUGGUGGUCAUCGAGCCGCUGCUCAUUGACGAGGACUACUACGCCAGGGUGGAGGGCCGAGAGAUCAUCUCCAACCUCAGCAAGGUGCGCUGGUGGCCUUUAGCAACGUGAGCUGUCUGUGUGUACGCGUGUCGUUACAGUAACGCCUGCACUGCAUCCCUGCUGUUAGACAUGAGCAAAACCGGGUAAU